AUGAUGGGCUAUGGUUUAGGCAGUCAUUGUGUUGUAAUAUUUUUAGGAACUAUUAUCCAUACUUCACAUGAUCAUCUCUUCUUUUAUGCUCUGUGGGCCAUAGUUGGCGGUCUAUCCACACUCAGAAUGGUGUCUAUAAUUUUAUCACGGACACAUGGACAGACUCAGAGAAUGAUUGUGUGUGGAGCUGUGGCAGCCCUUAAUCUCUUAUUUCUACUUUAUUUACAUUUUGCUUAUCACCAGAUUGUGGAAGAUUUAUCUGAAGUGUUCCAUCAAAACCCUGUGAUGAUGGAGAAGCCAGUGAUUAUACCUACAAAGGGAGUUAAUCCACCAACAGUUGCUGCAAAUAGGAAAGGAAAAUUAAAUCAUCCAUUAGGGCUUGGAGGUGUUUAUAUUAAUAAAGAAAUGACUCACCAGGCUAAAAAAGUAAUUGAACCAAUGACAGACACUGUUGUAAAAGCUGUUAACAAAACAGUCACUGCAGCAGUAAAACAAUUAGCCAAUCAGAAAGGUCCACUCCUGAAUGCUUUGAAAGAUGGUGUCAAAUUAGCCAAUGCAAAACCGGCUUAGUACUGUUUAAUUGUUUGGAGAAUGAAAUCCUGUCAGAGAGACUUCCAUUGUUACCACCAAGUGGAUGAUAUGAUGUAAUGUUAUGAUGUAAUAUUGCACAACAUUUAAUAUAAUCAUAAACAAGAAAACUCUCAUAAAUAGUGAUGUGUGGGAUUGUUCAUACUGAUACUCUAUCUCCUGUUGUAAAAAUCUCCAGGAUAUGACAACAAUGGUUACCAUGGAAACAAAUGCUCAUCUUAGAGAUCUGGCAAGAUAUUCAAUGAAUGACAUGUUCCUUGUAACAUUGACAAAAAAGAGGAUAAAUAUGAAUAUUACUGGAAGUAAAAGUGUUCAUAAGGAGGAAUAAUUCAUUUUGGGAUUAACCAUUGUUUAUUUAUAGCAUGUGACAUGCUUCUUGAAUCUUUGAGUGCAUGCAAAUAUAGUUAAUUUUUUGUGUGUUCGAAAAAAUGUUGGAGAAACAACUUUGACUACAACUUUAGAUCAUACACUUGGGUUCUGUUAAUAUAUCUCUAUCAUUUGUUAGUUUCUGUAAAUAUGUAUAUAUAUUUGGUUCAUUCAUAGAUGUUUAAUUGGUAUCAAAGAUGUUUCAUUGGUAUCAUGAGCUCAAGUUUGGAUUAAAUGGAUAUGUAAUUGAAUCAGUUUAACUAUAUAUACCUUUGCUGAAUUUGUGUUAUGCACUUUUCUUACCUUGAUUUAUGAACAGUCCACUUAAUGUGCACUAAUAUUAUAAGGUAAGCAGUCAGCAGUAAAGUAUGAGAUGCCACUGAUGGCAUGUUCAAUCUGUUGUGAUGUUUACAUUAAAACAAUGCAUAUUUAUUUUGAUUUAUUUCAUCUAUGCAUUGUGCUCUUUCCAUUAUCUCCAUGAACAGAUUCAAGCAAAUUGAGCCUGCAAUUUUCAUAUAUUUUGUUGUGUUCAUUGCUUCUGUGGGAUUUCACCUGGUCAAAGACAUCAUAUAGAUAAAUCUGUGUAUUUUAUUGGUUUUUAAUUCACCUUCUUCUUGAUGUGCUUGUUGGUAAUCAUACAAAUAUAUAUUAAGAUAAUUUUGUAAUGCAUGAACAUUCUUAUGGUUUUUUGUGGUUCUCCAGGAUUACAAAGUAAAGGCUGCCAGGGUCACAGCUUGAACACAAAUCAGUAAUACAUACAUGUAUGUUAUAUUAAAACAUUACUUCCA